CCUGGUUGUGGAGGCCCCUUUCGCAAAACAUCAGUCUGAGUUUAGUAGACAGAAGUCACUGGGAGCGCCUUGACAGGCUCCUGCUCCAGCCAAGGCUCCCUCCAGCUGCGGAGGGUGUUUUUGUUAGAAUCACACACUGCGUAAAAGUGCUUAGAAUAGAGCCAUGAUCUCAACCACGAAAUGUGAACUUAUAUUUUGGAGAAACUAACGGGACGGACUUCUUUCCCACUCUGAGAGUUGAACAGUGUCACGCCUUGGCGUUGCAGCCCCUCGUCGUCCAGGUGGUGAAAUGAUAAAACUCACUCUCCCUUUAAUCAGCGAAUUUGAAGUAAUCUUUCAUCAAGUUCCAUCUCCUUUUGUCUCAUAUGGAACAUAUAUCUCUAUCUGUUGUUAAACUACAAUGACAUGUCUGUAGCUAUCAGAAAGAGAAGCUGGGAAGAACAUGUGACCCAAUGGAUGGGACAGCCUUUUAGUUCUGAUGAUCAUAACACAGCAUGUCAUCAUGGACUAGUAGCUGACAGCUUGCAGGCAAGUAUGGAAAAAGAUGCAACUCUAAAUGCGGACCGCAAAGAGAAGUGUGUUUCACUACCAGACUGCUGUCAUGGAUCAGAGCUGAGAGAUUUUCCUGGGAGGCCAAUGGGUCACAUUUCAAAAGAAGUGGAUGAAAAUGACAGCCAGGAAGGUGAAGAUCAGUUUCUUUCUCUGGAAGCCAGCACGGAAACACUAGUGCAUGUUUCUGAUGAGGAUACCGAUUCUGAUCUAUAUAUUACAGAUGAUAAACAGAUUUUAACUUCCCAAGGGCAUAAAACAUCAGACCAACAUAGCGUCCAAGGAGCAGGCUCCUUAAUAAAGAUGCUGCCUAUCACGGAAAGAAACCAAGAUUCUUACAACUCCUGGGGAGUGGCUGGUGGAGCUGAUUUAGCACUAGUAGAAGAAAGAGGGGAGAGAAAAGUUAUUGACAUUAUAAAUAAAAGCCUGGAGCUUUGUACUGAUAUAAGCUUAAGUGAAAUAAAAGAUGCAUCCCAAAUACAUGUAUGUGACUCGCUGAAUGUGAACGAUAUUGUGCCUGAGAAGCAAUUGCUUAAUUCUGCUGUAAUUGCUCAGCAACGAAGGAAACCCGACUUCCCUAAAGAAGAACAUGAAAGAAACACCUGCUGUGUAGGACAAGAUGAGUUUUUUGCUAUUCCUUGUGCAGAGAGAGGACUGCCAUUAUUAAAAGCAGAUACUGGGAGCUGCCUUCUGCAGCCUCCUUCCUGCCCUAGUGGAAUGUCAGCUGAAAAUGGCCUGCAGAAGAGUGGUUUCUCAGAACAUCAAAACAAAAGUCUCCCAGAGGUCAACUCAGGAGAUGGCAUGCAGUGUUUACACUUAAAGGAAACUCUGGCCACCCAGGAGCCCACAGAUAAUCAAGUCAGGCUUCGCAAAAGAAAGGAAAUAAAAGACCGAGAUAGGGCGCGGCUGGACUCCAUGGUGCUGCUAAUUAUGAAACUGGACCAACUUGACCAGGACAUUGAGAACGCUCUCAGCACCAGCUCCUCUCCAUCCAGCACACCAACCAACCUGCGGCGGCACAUGCCUGACCUGGAGUCAGGAUCUGAGAGUGGAGCAGAUACCAUUUCAGUAAAUCAGACUCCAGUAAAUUUGUCUUCUAACACCGAGUCCACUGACCUACCAUCUUCCAACCCAGUGGUCAGUUCUGGAACCAAACCCAAGUCUACGGUAAGUUGUAAAUGAUAGUCAGUUUCAACAUGAAGCGUUGAAGAUCAUCAGGUAAGAGUUGAUAUUUCAUCCAUUCAAUAUAGAAGAAAUACUCUUCGAGCCUUAGUUGCAGUGGCUUGAUAGUAUUUAAGUACAACUGAACGUAUGCUGUUUGUUUUAUAAAUAAUAACACAAGUGCUUCACCAGUACUUCAUGGUUCCAGAAUUUUGCAAAAUAUGGUAUUAAAUGUUGUUGCUGGAUGCUCAGAACUUUAAAGAACCAAGAAUGUAAAAUUGAAGUUGGCUCUCUUUGCAUUAUUAUCUUGACAAUACUGCUUAUCAGUUGGAAAAUUGCCUCUCUAAGCUUAGAUAGAUAGGUAUAAAAUCACAAAUUUUAUGUGGGUGUUAAAUGACGUAGCUCAUGUAAAGUGUUUAGUGAAAUGUUUGGCACAGAAUAAAUGCUGAAUAAAUGUAAGCUACUAUCAUUAUUAUGAUGCUUCAUUGGCUUUACAAUGCUACCAAAACAAAUAAAAAAGAGAAUGACCACAUAUAAUAUUACAGCAUGGUGAAUUGUGAAAAAAAGACAGCUUCCUUUAAGUAAAAAGUUGAACUGCAACAGGAAAGCAGUAUUUGUCUCUGAAAGGUAACAUUUAUGGAGGAAGUAAUUACUACUUCAAAUAUCUAAGGUCCCAGCAACUCCAAAAUAACCUUUCCUAGUUUAGUGAAAAUCAUAGUGUUGUAUUAUUUUUUUUUAAAUGUCCAUGUUAGCCUAACACAGAGAAAUAAGUUUGGGUUCUUUGUUUGCCUGCCUUUAAAUCACAAGUCUGAAAUAAGACUCAAGAGAAUACUGUACUCUGAAAUUAAAACAUAGUAAUAUGUUCAUUUGCAAGCAUACCUAGAGCAUUUUUGACAGAGUAAAUAUUUAUUGAACACCUACUACAUGCCAUGCAUUAUGCAAGAUGAUAAAGAGUCAGAAUAAAACAUAAUCUCUAUCUUUAAACAGCUCACAGUCUAGCAA